AAAUGAUCUUAUUAUCAUUGGUUAUAUCCAUCGUUAUAGGAUGCAAGUAAAAUAUAAGAAUUAUUUAGUUUAAUAAAUGAAUCUGAGUCUAUAAAUUUAGAGAAUGGUAAGACAUAAGCGUUGUGUUUUAAGGUUAAUAAAAAUUUGCCGACAAUAUUUUAAUUGGUUAAAUAUGAAGAUGAAGGUUCAAAGAAAAAAAAGAAAAAAGGAAAGAGUAAAAUAGAUGAAGAGGAAGAAGAUGAAAAUAUAAUAAUUUAUGGUAUUUAAUUUUGUUUAUAAAAUAUAGAGGAUGUUAGUUUAGGAAAGUGUAAAUUAAAACAAUAAUAAAGAAUUUGUUAUUUUGAGAAAGGUAAGGAUAGAUUGGAAAUUGAUCUAAAAUGUACAAAGGGACCAUGUAAAUUUAAUGUAGUGGCAAUGUAAGAGGAAGAAAAAUAAUUACAGAUUGGGAAACAAUAAAGAACUAAAUUAAAAUUAUUAAAAAUAGAAUAGAACUCAAAUUAUAGAGUAGUGUAUUCAAUAAAAUGUAAUUAAUGUGUUAUGAAAAUUGUUGAUGCUGAUCUCUAGUUUUAUGGGGAAUAAGCAACAAUAAUGGAAAGUGAUACAAAGUUUAUAGCAGUAUUUUAUGAUGGAAUAAAGAGUGAAACAAUAAUGAUUUUGAUAGGAGAAUAAGAAUUUGAGAUUUAAAAAUAUGAAUAUGUGAUAUAACAGAAAAUAAAUGUAAAUUAAAUUAUGGUUGAUGCAGUUGAAAAAUCAAAAAAGAAUGAAUAUAUAAUUGAAGGUGAGAAAGUGAUAUAACUUAAGUCAUAUAAGAAUGAUUUGAUAAAGAUUAAGGUUAGAAAUGAAGAGGGAGAUAUUAUAAUAGAUUAGAUUAUUGAUACAAAAAAACAUGAUAAUUAUAAUUUGUUGUGGAAUGAUUAUUUUAGAAGUUUGGAAAUAAGUACAACCUUUAAAGCAUGUUAUUAGAUAGAAGUUAGAGAAAAGAGUGAUUGGAUUGCAAUUGAAGAUAAUAACUUAGCUAUGGGUUUACAAAAGGGGAUUGUGAAUUACAAAUUAAAAUUACUUUAAAUAGAAGAUAGUCAUUUUGUAGUAUCAGUAGACAGUAUUGAAGAUAUUUCAGUUUAAGUUAAACCCUGUAAUGGAAGUAAGUGUAAAGCCAUUGAAAAAAUAAAAAAUGGAGAAUCAUAUUAAUCAGUAGAAUAGAACUGUGAAAAUCCUGAUAAUGAAAAUUACUGUUGGUUUGUAAUUGCGGUAGAAAGUUAGGGGUUAUAUAGUCUGAAUAUUCAUAAUAAUCAUGAAGCAAAGAUUAUAACAGAAAAUUAAUUAAUUAAUUCUGAAUUAGAUGAAGAAGAGAAGCAUCAUUUUAGAUUUAAUUUAGUUAAUUCAAAAAACUAUAGUUCUGUUAUUUUCAGAGUCACUUCAGAGAAUGUUUAAAUUUUAGUUAGUAGAUCAUCCAAAUGUUAAUUAGUUAAUUGGAAAUGUUAUGAAUAUAGUGGAACUAGUGAAUAACCAAUUAGUUUAAGGGAUUCUUAAUUAAAGGAUGGGAAAUAUUCUAUAACAAUUGAAGCUAUUCAAUUAGUUUAAUAUGGCUUUGUUAUAGAAACUCAUUCUAAAGAUAAGAUAAAUCUUAUUAAUAUAAAAAAAGGAUAAAUUUAUAAAUCAUCUGUCAAUUCUAAUUAAAAAAUAUAAUGUUUUAAAUAUGAAUCUGAUAAAAAAGGUUUUUUAACACUUUUAGUACAUGGUCCCAAUUAAAAACUUGUUAGUUAUGCUAAUAUAGAUAUUGAUACUGAUGAUGAAAUUCCAACCAAAACAGAUAAAGAUAUUAUAACUGGAAAUUCAGCUUUACAAUUAGAAACAAAUAAAUUUAUUGCAUGUGUAGAAUUGUAAGUCUAAAAUAAUUAAGAUGUAAGUUCUGAAAUUCUUUAUAAUGAUAUAAAAUUUUCACUCAUUUUAUAUGAUGCUUAAUCUGUCAUAAAUUUAGAAUUUAACUCUGCCUAUUAUGGAUAAGUAGCAUUUGCAGAAUAGUAAAGAUUUUCUUUCUUGAGUUAAUAUGAUGAAGAUGUUGUCUAUAUUACUAAAAACAUCUUAUCAAGUGGCGAUGUCAAUAAAGAUUUAUAAUUAUACAUAGGAAAUAUGUUAUAUGAAAAUUUAGAUGAAUAUGAAUAUAAAUUUUUUGAUGAUGAAGUCAGUACCUUUAUAUUGUCAAGUGAUAAAAUGAAGAAAUUAUGUGAUGUAAAAGAGGAUAAGUCAGUUAGUUUUGAGCAUGAUCGAAUUAGUCAUCUAUGCGAAAUCUUCAUAGUUGUAAAAAGCAUAUCGAAGAGUCCGAUUAGAUUUACAUUAACAAUUCACAAAUAAGAUUUAGCUAUAUAAUUAACUGAUGGAUUACAACAAUCAUACAAUUUAUAACAUAUUGAAGAAUUUAUGCAUUUUUAUUAUCAACCUAAUUCUAAAUCUAUUGACAUCAAUUUAUUUGCAUCUACUUUUUAUGGUAAAUUUGUUUUACAUUUAAACAUCUGGAAGUUAAACAAGAUUUCACAUAAAUCUGAUUGGCCAUUUAUUGAUAAAGCAGAUGAUUCAGAUAUUUCUAGUGGAUCAACAAAUCAAAUUCAUAGAAGUAUUAAAUCAACAGCCUUGGAUCAAUGUUGGCCAGAUUGUGUAUUAUUGAUAUCUGUAUAAAGGGUCUCAGAUCCUUAGAUUGGUGAAAAUACUUUUAAUGAUUAGUUUCAUAUUAUGAUAAAUUAGGGUAUGCAAGAUGUAAUUGAAGGUCAAAAAUAUGAAGUUUCAAUUAAAAGUAAAGAGACUAUUUACUUCACAUUCAAAAAUUUACAAAAGUUUAGAGAUGAUGCUUAUUUAACAUUCUCUUUGUUAUAAUUAAUGGGGAAUGGAAAUUUAGCAAUCACUGUUAAUGGAGGUGAUAAAUUUGAAUAUCCUAGUUUAUAUGGAUCUUAUGAUUUUCAUUCAGAUGGAAGCUAUCUUUAAUUGUCAAAAGAUAAAUUAAAUGAAAAACUCAAAGAAAAAUAGAUAUCAAUUUAAGAUGCUUAUUUAAUCAUUUCAAUAUCAUAAUCUUAAAGUUAUUAUGAUUAAAGUCUAUAAUCAAUUAGAUUAGAAUUCACAAUCUCCUAUAUGAAUAUGGAUUACAUUCAAAUUAUGCACAGUCAACCUAAUACAAUACAUACUAAAUAUUAAUAACCAACUGUUAUUUAAUUUUAUAAUUAUCUUCAUCAAGAUAUUUUCUUUAAAUUACAUAAAUUCUUUGGAUAUGGUUCAAUGGCUGUUUUUAUUUGCAAUCAACAAAGUAAUAUUGCUGAAUGCGUUAAAGAUAGUAAUGAGGCUGAAUUCAAAUAUCUUGAUAAAGUUUUUGCAGCUGGAAAUGAGAAUUCACAAAUUUUAAUAUCAUCAAACGAUAAAACGAAAUUCUGUAUCUACUGCACCUAUAUUAUUAAAAUUGAAUCUUUAGACAAAGAAUUAUAAGGAUAAUUAACUGUAGUUUUAGAAAAUGAUUUUGUCAGAUUGCCAGCUGGAGUUUAAUAUAGUGAUUAUGUAGAAAAAAAGAGUUCAUCAUAAUUUUCAAUUAUUUUUAGUUAAGAUAGUAAAAUUGAAAUAUUUAUUUAAAUAUUCACAGGAGAUCCUAUUGUCUAAUAUUCAUUCAGACAAGAUGAUCUAAAUAAAAGUAAAUUGAUAAAGGCAUAAUCAAAUGACACUUAUAUCCAUAUUACUAUACCAAGUUAAAAAUUAAUGGAUGAGAUUGUAGAUGUUACUUCAGUAUAAAGUAAUAAAAACAAAAAAAAAGAAGAAGAAAUUGGUUUAUUACCUUCUCAUUUCAUACAUGAUGAAUUAUUUAUUAAAGUAUCUACUUAAUCAAAGGAAUCUUGUAAUUAUACAAUUUAUUAUACAAGUGAUUUAAUAAAUGGGAAAUUAUAAGAUGGUAGAAUUCAUUUAGCUUUUAUAGAGUAAAAUCUCACAUUUUUAUAUGAAAAUUAUAAUGAAUAAAUUACUGUAAUUAACAUGUCUCCUUUAAAUUUAACAUCUUUAGAGGAUGUUGAAAUAAAAGUUUUUUAUAUUUCUAAAUAAUAAUUUGGUGAUUAUCAUUAUGAAGAGUAUAAAGAAGUUUAAAUUAAAACAAGAUUGAUACAUCCUCUUUCUAGUAGUUAUGAAUUACCAAAAGAUAAUGGAAUUUAUGAAAUAAUUUUGAUAAAUAAGAAAUAUGUAGAAAAUGGUGGAACAAAAAAUCCAACUUAAUUUAUAGAAAUAAGUGCAUCAACAAAUGAUAUUAGAAUUUUACCAAUUCAAAGACAUCAUAGUGGAUAUAUUCAACCAUCUGAAUAUGACUUUUAUGAAACUUAUUCUCCAUCAAAAGGAUAUUUAGUUACUGAACUUUACUCAUGCUCAUCUGAUAUCAACUUUAGUUUCUCUAGUUAAAACAUUAGUGCUUUUAUUGAUGAAAAUUAUGAUCAAUCUAUUCAAAUUCCAGAAAAGGAUUAUUAUGUUGAAACAAUCUAAGUUGAUAAAGGUACUUUAUGGAUUGCCAUCAAAGGAAUCUCUACUACACCUGCUUAUUAUCAUAUUACAAAUCAUUUCUAUUCAAAAAGGAAAGAUAUCCCCUUUGGCAAAAUUAAAGCUGGUAAUGAUGGUAAUAUUAAAUGGCAUCUAGAUAAAUAAAAAUAUGAUUCUAUUUAAAUUGAAUUUGAACAUGCCAUUUGUAAUGAAUGCAAUUUAGAUGGAGUUUAAAUUAAUUAUCAGAUAUUUAUUGCAUAAGAUGAAAAAAAACUAUAAAUGUUAGGUUAUUGUGGUAAUGAACAAUUCGAAAAUCAUAAAGCCAAUGAUGAAAAGAUUUUUUAAAAAAGUUUAUAAUCAUAUCGCUUAGCUGAUCAUAAUGGAAGUAUUGUUUAUGAAAUUGAGUUUCCUAAUUUACAAACAUUUGAAUAUGCUUCAGUCGGAGUUGUUGCCACUGUUGAUAAUUUCAUGAAGUAUUUCUUUAUUCUUAAUUUAGUUCUACUACUUAAAUGAAAAUAUUUUACAAAACCAUACAAGUACCUGUGCCAAAUUAUUUUGCCAAAUUUUUAAACCAUAAUAGAACAUUUUUUACCUUUUUAAUCAUUGGCAUGAUUUUCUUAAUAUCUUUAUUGACUCUUUGGUUAUGUUAUUAUAUAAAACGGUAAAUAAAAUUAUUUAUCAAUUUAGAUAUAGGAAUACAAAAAAUAAGUUAGAUUUUUAAUUAGAAUAGGGAGCUAAAAUCAUAGCCUCAAGUAAAUUACCAUAAAAUGAUGAUGCAGCCUUUUAAAAUGAUUUCAAAAUGAAAUACUAAACUUUUGAGGAGGAUUGA